CAAAGCUCAAUCUCAUUCUGACCGUCGAAGGAGCAACACGUGUUUUUCUUUUAGAUUAUCGAAUGUCUAGAUUUCCCACUCGUAUCAAGAUAAAAACUAUAAAAGAUAUGUCAGGUAUUAAAAUUGCGCCUUAUUUCAUUCAAUACCAAUAUAUUCCACAUUCGUAAUAUAAAAAACGUACAAGGUAAAAAAGAAAAAAAUGGCGGCAGGUAUAAUUAGAUUAAAAAGAAAAAAUUGUUUUCACUUUCUUGUACGUAUCUUUCGACACGACAAUACAUAUUGUUUAUUUAUAAUGUUAUUAGGUCUCUAUACGCAAUAACCUCUACGUUGCGUUACUUAUGUAUUUUAUAACAAUUGUUAUUCGUCCUUAUAAACAAUCGUCGCUAAUAUCGUGCAGAAUAAAAAGAUGGUAAAAUCGAAUCCUACGAUUCAAAGUGGACAAAAAUUUUCAUCGUAUAUCUAUCGUAUACAUAACUCGUGGUUUUAGCUUAUUUACUAAUGGCGACUAAUUCAUGGUUGAAACGCAUUCAAAAUGCCAAAAAAACCGCAAUUAUACAAGAUGGAAAAAGAAAAGUACAUUUUUUAAUGGAAGAUGGUAAAGAAAUGGUGGAAGAAUAUCAUAUGGAUACAAAUGUAUUAGUACGUAGGGCAUGGAAAGAAAAAGGAAAUUUCGUUAAGAAUACUGAUUGGGUUGUGGAAGUAGGAGAUCCAGAACUUAAACAGAAUAAUAUAGAAACUUAUGGGAUACAGGAAAGUUCAAGCGCUCCAUUUAUUACUAGGAGAAUUACAAAAACUGCUUUGGAAUGGAGAAUUAGGAAUUUACCUUAUCCAAUAUCAGUAUAUUCUGUAACAGCCGAGGAUGAUGGUACUAUUACUAUACGUACGAGCAACAAAAAAUAUUUUAAGAAAAUAAAAGUUCCAGAUUUAGAACGUAUUAAUUUAAUACCUGAGCAGGAUAGAAUUACAUAUACUCAUCAAUAUAACACUCUUAUUAUCACGUACAAGAAACCACCUGCAUUAUUGGACUUGGAGAAAAAAAUAUUAAACGAAAUUUUACCAUUAAAAGCAACAAAGGAAGGAGAAGUACAAUGCCCGACGAGUUAAUAAAAAUGAUUUUCUUUAUAA